CUUCUGCUACCUAAGAUUCCUCACAUCGCAUGUUCUGUAUUGCUCAGCAUAGAAAGUAUAUAAAUAGCAUCAAGUGUGUAGUGUUUGGUCAGUGUCUAGACUAUUUUUGCGAUGAAGGUUACUGAAUGCAGUAUAUGCUAUGAUGAAUAUGAUCAUGAUACCCAAAUCCCUUGUAUAGGCACUUGCGGUCACACUAUCUGCGACAGAUGCCGACUCCAACUACUGAACAAGAGAUGUCCACACUGUAAACGAGAAAAUGCGUUUGAAAGGAAAAAUGUGAAUCGAUCUUUGUGGGAUUUAAUACAACUUUCGAGAUUCUUAGUUCCAUAUGACCAUAAUCCAAGAAGAGCACAUGAAAGCGACGAGAGCCCUAUCUGCACCGCUUGCCAACUGAAAUCAAAAACCUUGAGAAUUUGCACAAACUGUUGCCUGAGCACUGGGAUCCUAAGGAAAUCAGUGAAGUUUGGAGAACAAGUGAAUUUAGAAGAGGGAAUUGACAAAAUUCGCAGCGAAGCUCUUUGCGGGGAUUGUGUAAUCGACUUGGGUCACUUGAAGCAUCAUACAAAACUUUUGAAUGUUGCAAUUAAAAGUUACACGGAGUUUGCGGAGAAAAUAAAUCAGGAGUUGGAUGUGGAGAAAGGUAGAUGUGCAGAGAAGGAUUUCUUCAUGACUCCUGAGGGGGUUUGAAAAAUUAAAUGUGCUUGUGAUGUUUUAUUAUUUAUAUCCGCUUAACUGUGUCAAUAUAAUUUUCUCGUUUUUUGUCAUAAUUGAUAUUUUGAAC